CAGUGCAGAAGGUAACUUAGCUCUCCGCGUAAAGCUCCUGGACACCAGAAGGGCACCGCACAGUUUCCGCUUCUGCUUCUCCGCUCUCUCAAGAUCAGAACUGAUCUAAAAAUUUAAAAGAUUAAAAUAAAAUAAACCUCGAGGGUUUAAUUAAACGGCCGGAAAACAGCAAGUGAUCUUAGGUGUUGUUUAAUUCAUUCGUUCACUGUUAGGCUAUGUAUUUUGGCUCCCAGUAGUUUAUUUUUUUUAACCUACCAGCUUGAACUAAUGCCUCGCACCAGAGACGACGCGAAGAGACGGUUCGUUUUUUUAAAGAGUAAGCAAUGAGUAAAGCAAAUAAAGGAUACAGUGGGAGCUAACUGUGGAUGAUCUUGGAUUUAACAGCCGCUUCCUGUGAAAGCAAAGAUUCUGAAACUUAUGGCGUGAAGGUGGUGGGAGAGUGGCGCUUUAGCAAGAUCCACUGUGACAUCUUUGUCACUCUGGAUGUGAUGAUGUGUACAGCCAGCAUCCUCAAUCUCUGUGCCAUCAGCAUUGAUCGCUACACGGCAGUUGCAAUGCCAAUGCUGUACAAUACCCGCUACAGUUCCAGGAGACGGGUCACGGUGAUGAUCUCUGUGGUUUGGGUACUGUCUUUCGCCAUAUCUUGUCCCCUGUUGUUUGGCCUAAAUAACACAGCUACUCGUGAUGAGUCUCUCUGUGUGAUCGCCAAUCCAGCCUUUGUGGUGUACUCUUCCAUUGUGUCCUUUUAUGUACCCUUCAUCAUCACUCUGCUCGUUUAUGUCCAAAUUUAUGUGGUCCUGAGGAAGCGCAGAAAACGCGUCAACACAAAACCAAAGCAGCUUGUCUCUCAGGCUGCGGACCCUGAUAUGGCCACCUCACUAAAGGAUAAGUGCACUCAUCCAGAGGAUGUGAGGCUGUGCACCAUGAUUGUUAAAACUAAUGGGAGUUUUCCUGUCAACAAGAAGAAAGUGAUAUUCAUCAAAGAUGUGGUCAAUGAGGGAGAAAAUCUGGAGCUGGAUGAGCUGAAUAACAGUGGAAGCAGUGUGAAGCAGAAGCAGCAGAUACAAGGUGCUCUUGGAGACACUCCAGCCACGAGCCAUCAGCUAUUGAUGCCCAACAAGGCCAGCGCUAGCCCCAUCUCAACACCCCCCACACCCCACAAGGAGGGCCAGAAAGCAGAAAAGAACGGCGAUCCUGCCAAGGAGACCUUAGGCGAUCCGGCACCCAUCGUAGCCAAAGCCUUCCAGACACAGGCCUUACCUAAUGGCAAGACUCAGACUUCUGUGAAAACCAUGAGCAAGAGAAAGAUCUCCCAGCAAAAGGAAAAGAAGGCUACCCAGAUGUUAGCCAUCGUCCUCGGUGUAUUCAUUAUAUGCUGGCUGCCGUUUUUCAUCACACAUAUCUUGAACACCCACUGCACCAAAUGCAAGGUUCCUGCCGAGAUGUAUAACGCUUUCACCUGGCUGGGCUAUGUGAAUAGUGCUGUAAAUCCCAUCAUAUACACCACCUUUAAUGUUGAGUUCAGAAAGGCAUUCAUUAAGAUCUUGCACUGCUGAGCUGCAAAAUCACUUAUCUGAUCAGACUAAAGGAGAGGUGAUGAAUGAAAGCAUAUCCUGUGGCAAAUACCUCAUCCUCUUAAGGAAAAUACACCACGUGGGGAAACUGCGAUCUGUUCAUUUAAAGUUAGUUAAGUGACUGAAAAAAAAAAAAAAACUGGCUUUGGCUUUGUCUUCUUGAAAGGCGUCUUGGAUCUAUAUGUUAAAUUUCGUGUGGAGUCCCGUUCUCCAAAUCACUGAAUGUAAAACAAGAAAUGUCUGUAACGAUGACCUGUUUUAUGGAGAGAGAAAAAAAAUGACAUUGUUCUCUGACAUCAUUGUGCUUGUCAUGUAAGGAGCCAUCUGUGUAUACCACACACAUGCAAACUGCUAUUUAUUGUAUGUGUACUUUAUGUUUUAAUCAUAGAUGUUUUUUGCAAAUCUUAAAGAUAUCGAGUCAGUGUUCAUUGCAGUGUUAAAAUUGAAAACAAUUCACUGAUUAGAUUCACUGAUUGUCUGAAAGACACGGUAUAAUUUACUUGCUGUAUGAUGCAGCCAUGCCAAUAUCUGCAAUUUAGCAAUUUUAUAAAUAAAUAUCUAUUAUAAUUACUAAUGCUAUUAUUAUUAUUAUUUGCUGUACAUAGUUUUUCUUAAUGCAUUUAUUGUGAUUAUAUGACCGCAAUAGAAAUGUGAUGCAUGCUACACUGCUCCUCUACUUGAAAUGCAUGUUUAACAAUAAAUUGCAAAAGAUCUCCAAUAAAUGAAGUUAAGAUACCGUGUGAAGUGCCACAUGAAUAUCACCGCUCACUGUGUGUAUACGAAUACACUCAUAACUGACUGGUCAUUAUUCAAAAGCUUCUCUGUUAUUCCUAGGACUGAUCUGCAGUUUGAGUUGUUUACUGGAAGCAACACCAAGCUCUGCUGCAGAGGCGUUGUUCCAUUAAAACUAAUGAAUGGUAUGUGGACUUUGCAGCUUCCAGGUAUAAUCAUGUGGAUAUGUGCAACCCAGCCCCUGAAGCCUCUCCCUGGGGCCUUUGCUGAGUAAGAAUGGGGUGAAACUGAAAUAAUAGCUACCGCAAUACAUGUAUACAACUAUUACAACUACAGUGUUGGAGUUGGAGUGAUGAUCUCAUUUUAUAUUUACAGUAUAUACGCACACACAGAGCUACCGGACUGACUCGCUAUGUGCCACUGUUUGAAUAGCUUCAGUCCUAAUGAACAGGUGGGAAAAGGGAGUUCAUGUCUGAAGAUGAGAUCAAAAUGAAGCGUAAAUAACACUCCAGCUUAUUCUUCAGUAAUGAACACUGACUGAAUUUACUUGUUAUUACUGUGUGUUAUUCUUUUCAUUGUUGUUAUUCAUGUUUAGUUAUUUAA